CAGGGAGAUAGUAAGUCGCUGAAGCAACGUCCGAUCUCCUCAGUCUCAGAUUGUACACACCAUUACCUGACCAGCUCAAGUGUUGGAAGAUGCUGCUGAGAUGAUGGCUUCUAACGGCACAGCAAUAACCAUUGACACUGCGAAUUCAGGAGCAAUAACACUAUUCGCAAUUGCUCUGUUCUGUACUAUUGGAAAUCUCGGAGCUAUGACAAUGAUUAUUUUCAACCCUAGAUAUAGAAAAACGUCUAUGGCCAUUUUAUGUCAUCACUGUUUUCUGGACCUGUUGAAGUCGCUUUACUGUUUCCCGUACGCAUACAGUUUGUGGACGUCUAUAGAAAUUCCAUACUGUAGUUUCAUUGGAUCUUCGUACGUAUUCAUAAUGACAACGUCGGCGUACAAUUUAUUGGCACUAGUUGUAAACGAAGAAUACGAGUUAAGUCAAUCGGACGAUAAGAGCAAAAAAGGCGAUAGGCCUUGUAUAUUUUUUGGAAUACUUAUCAUAUGGUUCAUGAGCCUAUUGCUUAAUCUUGGAGUGGCAAUAAUUCCUUCAAAUACGACAUUCAUCCAGGAGACUGGGAAUUGCAUGUUUCUUUAUGGAGUUCCGAACGGCUUUGUAUUACACCUUUUAUGGAUAACUCUGGUAUCCAUGGCAAUAAUUCUGGCCCUAACGAGUUUCUUCCAAAUCUACAGAAGAAUAACUGUGCUAACCAAAGAAGCAAGAUGGAGUUACAUACACAAAUCAUUAAGUGGCGACUUCGAGAGUGAGACCCAGACGGACCCUGUUGUAAGUUAUCAACAAUUAACAAACGAAAAAUACCGAAAAUCACAUUUACAAUUUCAUUUGAGGAGAGUUCUAAUGUUUAUUUCCAUGGUAACGUCAUUUGCAUUAUUUUGGUACCCGUUAUUUUUUCUCACUAUAUUUGAUCCUGGAUUUAGCGAGUCCCGUAAGAUGUACAGAAUACUAACAAUUACUGCGUGGAGUCAGCCAGUAACAACUCCUGUCUUUUGUGGUUUGAUACUGCGAGAUAUUCGGAGACGGGACAGCAUGAUACGAGAGUUGUCCUCCUGUUCCUUCCCAAUGAGACGCCGGGAAAGCAACCGAAGGAACGGACCAACCAGCAUAGAGGAACUUGAAACAUUUGAUCUAGGAAUUUCGAAUGUUGAUUUCGACCAAAGUGGCAGGACACCAGAACACGAGAAUGUCACCGCCUCAUCCAAGGUAUCGCCUGAGAGUGCACCAGGUGAAGUCGAGUACCAACCAUCAUCUUCUUUUUCACCUGCCAAGUCGGACACGGGCAGAACCUACCGAAUGAGUCAAGUGUAGUGUGUAUAGUUAAGUCGUGUAUUUGUUAUAUAAAUGUUUUGUACUGUUGAGCCCAGCUUUUGGCUGUUUAAUGAUAUUAAAUUUUUACAUGUCAUGUUCGUACAUCAACAUCUUUAUUUUAUAUUGAUUAAAACGAACAAAUGUG